GCCGAGGCCGCCGCGGGGCCUGCUUAUCGCCGGUUCAGCGCAGCCCGGAGUCGCCCAGGCCUGAACUCCUCCCCAGAUCCAGGCCCGGGCCCCGAGCCCUCGAGGACGCCAGAGGCCACCCCCCGGGGGUGGGGAGCGGAGCCGCGGGACAGCUCUACGAGCGUCCCGAGCUGGCCUGGCCGGCCCCGCCCCCGCCCCGGGCCAUGGCCCAGCCCUUGUCCCGGCCCCUCAUCCUAUCUCAAUCUCAGCCUUGGCCUCCGGCCACGCCCUCGCCCCGCUUCCCAAACCUGUCCAGGCCCCGGCCAGUGUCCCAGCGAAUGCCCAGGUCCAGGUCCCCGCUCCAACCCCGGUCCCUGCCCCCAGCCUGGCCGCUCUCUCCGCCUCGGCCCUUGUUUCAUCCCUUGUCACAAUUCCCAGCUCAGCAUCUGACCCUGUCCCAUUCCCAGCGUUUGCUUAAGCCCCUGGCCCAGCCCCAGCCCUUGCUUCAAUCUCCAUCACACUCACUCCUUCCAAAACACCUCCUGCCCUUGUUUGAGCCCCGGUGCUCAGUUCAGCGCCACCCAAUAGCUCAGUCUUUUCCCACAUCUCUGUGUUGCCCCAAGUCUCUUCCACUGGGCCCUCGCCUCUCUCAUACUCUGCCCCUCUCCCAGCCUCGACUCAGGUCUGGGCUCCAGCUGCCGCCAGCUCUAUUGCUGCUGUUGCUGUUUUCUGUCCUUGGUCCAGGGGCUGGAGGCCUUUUCCUGACUGAUUACUCCACCUGCUCACCCCGCAAGCUCAGCCCCUUCCGCUCCUUUGCCAGCACUGAGCUCUUCCACUUCCACGUUCCUGAGGAUACGUUCCUGGCUGUUUGGAACCUCAUUAUCUUCAAGGAGCAGGGAGGAACCUUUGGGGACCACUGCCCAGACCAAAGCGUGACUGUGUAUUUCCGAUCUGGAGCACCUCCUGUCAUCAACCCGCUGCAUACACACUUCCCAGCAGACACGGCUGUGCCUGGGGUGUUCUCACUGAACCUCAGCUGGACACUGCCCAACAGAACCUCAGGCAUCUUUAACGUCAGCAGCCCCUUACCUGGGGACUGGUUCUUGGCUGCCCACCUUCCCCAAGCCCAUGGCCACAUCUCUGUCAAGGGUCUCCAGGAUGAGUGUCAGUACCUCCUUCAGCCGCAGCUGAUUGUCCGACGACUGCUGGAUGUGGCUGUACUGGUUCCUGGCCGUCCUUCAGAGCAAACCCUCUCCUCUCAUAAUCGUUCAGCCUUGUACAAGGUCUUUGUGCCAAGUUUCACUUACAGGGUUUCAGCCCAGCUGGUGUGUGUAGGGAGUCGAGGGGCAUCUGUCUGUCCCGUGACACUGCGCCUACGUCCCAAGGCCCCACCCCUUCACAACUCAAGCUCUGUGGCCUGUGGAGGUGCCUCAGUAUGCCAACUGGAGUUGGCCUUGCCCCCCUGGGGCCACUGGGUCUACGUGCGUGUGGAGACACCAUCCCGUGGUCCUGGCAGGACCAUCCGCUUCCAGCUGUGUGUACGGUUACAAGAGUGUCCACAACCCAGCCUGUCCCGUGCCUUGGUCCCUGGGGCUGCCAUGAACAUGCCCCAGUCACUGGGCACCCAGCCAAUGUCCCCAGAGCCACCAUCCCUGGGGACUCCUGUAGAAGGGUCUGGAGCUGUAGCGCCCCCUGAGCACUGCUGGCCAGUGCGUCCCACUCUGCGCAAUGAACUGGAUACCUUCUCCGUCCACUUCUACAUCUUUUUUGGUCCCAGUGUGGCCCUUCCACCCGAGCGCCCAGCUGUUUUUGCCCUGAGGCUGUUGCCAGUGCUGGACAGUGGGGGCGUCCUUAGUUUGGAGCUCCAGCUCAACACGAGCUCUCUGCACCAGGAAAAUGUGACAGUAUUUGGAUGCCUGACUCAUGAGGUGCCCUUGAGCCUGGGGGAUGCUGCUGUGACCUGUUCCAAAGAGUCCCUGGCAGGUUUCCUUCUCUCGGUCAGUAACACCUCCAGAGUGGCCAGGCUGCGAAUGCCAUUCCCACAGACAGGGACCUGGUUCCUGACCCUCCGGUCUCUGUGCGGCCUGGGACCUCGGUUCGUGCGGUGCCGCAAUGCCACGGCUGAGGUGCGGCUACGCACCUUCUUGUCCCCAUGUGUGGAUGACUGUGGGCCCUAUGGCCAGUGCAAGCUGCUGCGCACCCACAACUACCUGUAUGCGGCCUGCGAGUGCAAGGCUGGGUGGCGGGGCUGGGGUUGCACAGACAGUGCAGAUGCGCUCACCUAUGGAUUCCAGCUGCUGUCCACACUCCUCCUCUGCCUGAGCAACCUCAUGUUUUUGCCCCCUGUGGUCCUGGCCAUCCGGAGCCGGUAUGUGCUGGAAGCUGCCGUCUACGCCUUUACCAUGUUCUUCUCCACGUUCUAUCAUGCCUGUGACCAGCCAGGCAUUGUUGUUUUCUGUAUCAUGGACUACGAUGUACUUCAGUUCUGUGACUUCCUGGGCUCCUUGAUGUCCGUAUGGGUUACCGUCAUUGCCAUGGCUCGCUUGCAGCCUGUGAUCAAGCAGGUGCUGUAUCUGCUUGGGGCUAUGCUGCUGUCCAUGGCUCUGCAGCUUGACCGGCAUGGACUUUGGAACCUGCUUGGACCCAGCCUCUUCGCCCUCGGGAUCUUGGCCACAGCUUGGACAGUUCGAAGCGUCCGGCGCCGGCACUGUUACCCACCAACAUGGCGCCGCUGGCUCUUCUACCUGUGCCCAGGCAGCCUGAUUGCUGGCAGUGCCAUCCUACUGUAUGCUUUCGUGGAGACCCGGGACAACUACUUCUACAUUCAUAGCAUUUGGCAUAUGCUCAUUGCUGGCAGUGUGGGCUUUCUGCUGCCUCCCCGUGCCAAGACUGACCACCGGGUCCCUUCUGGAGCCCGGGCCAGGGGCUGUGGUUACCAGCUGUGCAUCAAUGAACAGGAGGAGCUGGGCCUUGUGGGCCCAGGAGGGGCCACUGUCAGCAGCAUCUGUGCCAGCUGAGAGGGGCUUUGGGCCAAGCUCUGAGGGGAUAUGAACCCUGCAUAGGGUUCCUCCUAGGGCUGUGGAGCCCACCUAGGUACAAGGGAUAAGUUGUGUUUUUUAAUGACACAGUCUUUCUCAAGGAUGACUGUUUUCAGGGACCAGGAGGCUUUCCUAAGACAUGGAGAAUUUCAUAAGAGCCUAGAGUCCUCUGUGUUUUUAGAGUCCUUCUUAAGGAUGAGCUAUGCAGGACACUGAGCCCCUGAGGACCAGGGAGUCCCUAGGGUGUGGAGCCCUUCUUGGUGAUAGGGAACCCUCCUACAGACAUGAGAUACUUCCCAAGGAGACAGAUUUUCAUCAGCAAUGUGUCAUCAGUACAGAGGGAAAAGGAGUCCAUCCUGGAGAAACAAGUCACCAGGUUUUCCCAGUGGCUUAGCAAUAUUGGCCUUGGGCUGCUGUGCUGGGCGGAAGGGCUGCGAGAGAGAGAGAGAGAGAGAGAGAGAGAGAGAGAGAGAGAGAGAGAGAGAGAGAGAGAGAGAGAGAGAGCGAGCGAGCUAGAGCGAGCUAGCUGGGACUGGGACUGCCAGGCAACUGGUGUCCUGAUGUGGUACAGGUAGAGUCUGAUAUGUCUCCAAUGAAGUAUGUGCUGCCUUUAUUUCCCUUGUUGGGGUCAGGGUGUGGGAAAAUGGGGGGAGGAGGACACUGAGGAAAAUUUUGAGAGUGACAGGGACCUUCCUGGAGAAGAUGCUGGAAGCUACUGUCUGUGGUUUCUGCCCCGUGGCUUGUACACAGGCAUCCCUCUCAUCUGGUCCCCGUGCUUAAUUUCAAAUACUCCCUGGUGCCCAUUUCCCAGUUGCUAUGGAUCCUAGUCUGGAGUAGUGAAGAGAGGUGUGUGCAUCCAUGUGUGUGUGUGCUUGCUGUGUAUAUACAGAGAUGAAUUAGUGAGACAGACUUCCCCCAUGACGCCUACACCCACAGAGAAGGAAGCUGAAGUGCCAAUUUGUACCUGUUACUCUAAUUUCAGCUUCAGCUGAAAUUAGAGUAACAGGUACAAAUGUCAGAUGUAGAAGGCACCACAAGAAUGGAGCUACUAUUUUAAGCUUCCUUUUUUUUCUUGCAUGACAGAAAUAAUCUUGUAUAAAUUGAGAUUUUUUUCUUAUUUUGUGUGUGUGUGUGUAUAUGUGUGUGUGUGUGAGAGAGAGAGAGACAGAAAGAGAGAGAGAGAGAGAGAGAGAGAGAGAGAGAGAGAGAGAGAGAGAGACUCUCACUAUUUAUAUAGUUUGUUCUGGCUCAGAUCUCAUGAUCCUCUGGGUCCUGGAAUUAGAGACAUGGACGCCAUACCUGGCAACUGGACUUGUUCUUUUCCCAUGGGUUCAUAGCUGAGUUUUGAGGGUCUUGUCUUAUGCUGAGAUGCUAGAACAUUCUUUCUGGUCCCCAGUAUCCAUAGUUUACCAUAUUCUGAGAGUUCAGUCAACGCAGUUGGUUCCCAGUCAGCAGUCAGAUGUGCUGAGAGGUUUUUGUUCUGUGUGUGUAGCCCCACGUUCCUGCACCCAUGCAUUCUGUGCCACACGAGAUGUUCUUGAUUGGUCACCCAGACACAACAUGAAGCCAGUUCUCUUCUGGGGUCCUGUGCUGGGUUUUACUUGAUAAGGCAAAAGAUGAGUUGUUUUCUCUUUUAAGCUCCGUAGAUGGAGCCAGGGGGCUCUGCUCCUAUCUCUUUAGGCAACCUAAGACAGUGCUCACUUCUUCCCUCCUCCUCAGCCCGUUCACUUGUCAGUCUGGAGAAGGAGCCAGCCUCCAUUUCUACCAAACCUUCCCUCUGUGCCUUAAGUUCUUUCUAUUCUCUUCACAGCCCAAGCCUUUGAAACUCAGAGCCUAGAAAACACCACUUUAUUCUUUACUCUCUGUAAUAAAAUCUCUUUUCUGAGGUACUGAGUACAGAAUAAAGUAGCUGACUGAGUGGCCAGGAGUGAAGGUGUAUAGGCUGGGUGUCCGUUCCUAUAUUAAAAGUGCUAUUCUUGGGCCAGGUAUGGUGGUGCAUGCCUUUAACCCCAGCAUUCUGGGGCUAGGAGCUGGUGAGUUAACAUGAGUGAGAGCCAGCCAAGGUUACAUAGACCCUCUCUUAAAGAAGAAUAAA